GUUGCAGGGAUGCGGCGGCGGGAGCAGCCGCCCUGACUCUAGGAGCAUCCUCCUCGGAGAGGCACCGCGGCGGGGCGGGCGGGGACGCGGCGGAGACCGAGAGGUGCGAGGCGGCCGAUACUGCUAGCCCCGGAUCUGUCACCUGCUAGAGCCCGGGAGGUCUCGGGGGCUCGGAUCCCCACCCUCCAGCCCCUGGCGCCCCCAGAACCAGGUGUCCUUCCCCCACCUUCCAUCCCAGCCUGCAGCGGGGGAGGGGCUCCGCCGCCGCCGCAGGGGGAGAGUCGGCACGUGGGUCCCUGCGCGCCUCGCCCCGCAGCCGGGCCCAUGGCACCGUGAUCCGGCGAGGGAGCCCCGCUCCACGCGAGGGGCGCCCGGCCCCCUCCCCGCCCCAUGCUCCCGCGGCUCUGAAGCCCGAGCGGGGCCGGGGGCCGCCGCCACCCCAGCUGCCAUCGCCAUCGCCGCCUCUGCGGCUGCCGCUGCUACUGCUGCUGCUGGCGCUGGCGGCCGGAGCGCGCGGGCUGGAGUUCGGCGGUGGCCCUGGGCAGUGGGCGCGUUACGCACGCUGGGCGGGCGCGGCCAGCAGCGGCGAGCUCAGCUUCAGCCUGCGCACCAACGCCACGCGCGCGCUGCUGCUCUACCUGGACGACGGCGGCGACUGCGACUUCCUGGAGCUGCUGCUGCUGGACGGCCGUCUGCGCCUGCGCUUCACGCUGUCGUGCGCCGAGCCCGCCACGCUGCAGCUGGACACGCCGGUGGCCGACGACCGCUGGCACAUGGUGCUGCUGACCCGCGACGCGAGGCGCACGGCGCUGGCGGUGGACGGCGAGGCCCGCGCAGCCGAGGUGCGCUCCAAGCGGCGCGAGAUGCAGGUAGCCAGCGAUCUGUUCGUGGGCGGCAUCCCACCCGACGUGCGCCUGUCCGCGCUCACGCUCAGCACCGUCAAGUACGAGCCGCCCUUCCGCGGCCUCCUGGCCAACCUGAAGCUGGGCGAGCGGCCCCCGGCGCUACUGGGCAGCCAGGGUCUGCGCGGAGCCGCAGCCGACCCCCUGUGCGCGCCCGCGCGCAACCCCUGCGCCAACGGCGGCCUCUGCACCGUGCUGGCCCCGGGCGAGGUGGGCUGCGACUGCAGCCACACGGGCUUCGGCGGCAAGUUCUGCAGCGAAGAGGAACACCCCAUGGAAGGUCCGGCUCACCUGACGUUAAACAGCGAAGUAGGGUCCUUACUGUUCUCCGAGGGGGGGGCCGGGAGAGGAGGAGCCGGCGAUGUGCACCAGCCGACAAAAGGCAAGGAGGAGUUUGUGGCCACCUUCAAGGGCAAUGAAUUCUUCUGCUACGACCUGUCACACAACCCGAUCCAGAGCAGCACAGACGAGAUCACGCUGGCCUUCCGCACCCUGCAGCGCAACGGGCUGAUGCUGCACACGGGCAAGUCGGCUGACUAUGUCAACCUGUCCCUCAAGUCUGGGGCUGUCUGGCUGGUCAUCAACCUAGGCUCGGGCGCCUUCGAGGCCCUCGUGGAACCCGUCAAUGGCAAGUUCAACGACAACGCCUGGCAUGACGUCCGGGUUACCCGAAACCUGCGCCAGCACGCAGGGAUUGGACACGCUAUGGUGACCAUCUCAGUGGACGGGAUCCUCACCACCACAGGCUACACGCAGGAGGAUUACACCAUGCUGGGCUCUGAUGACUUCUUCUACAUUGGGGGCAGCCCCAACACUGCGGACCUGCCGGGCUCACCCGUCAGCAACAAUUUCAUGGGCUGCCUCAAGGAUGUGGUCUAUAAGAACAAUGAUUUCAAGCUGGAGUUAUCCCGCCUGGCCAAGGAAGGGGACCCGAAGAUGAAACUUCAGGGGGAUCUGUCUUUUCGCUGUGAGGAUGUGGCUGCCCUGGACCCUGUGACCUUUGAGAGCCCCGAGGCCUUUGUUGCACUGCCCCGCUGGAGCGCCAAGCGCACUGGCUCCAUCUCCCUGGACUUCCGCACCACUGAACCCAACGGUUUGCUGCUCUUCAGUCAGGGCCGACGGGCUGGGGCUGGAGUGGGCAGCCACAGCUCUGCGCAGCGGGCUGACUACUUUGCCAUGGAGCUGUUGGAUGGCUACCUCUACCUUCUUCUGGACAUGGGCUCUGGGGGCAUCAAGCUGCGGGCGUCCAGCCGUAAGGUCAAUGAUGGCGAGUGGUGCCACGUGGACUUCCAAAGGGACGGGCGCAAAGGCUCCAUCUCCGUGAAUAGCCGCAGCACUCCGUUCUUGGCCACAGGGGAGAGUGAGAUCCUGGACCUGGAGAGUGAGCUGUACCUGGGUGGCCUCCCUGAGGGGGGUCGGGUGGACCUGCCACUUCCCCCGGAGGUAUGGACAGCAGCGCUCCGGGCUGGCUACGUGGGCUGUGUACGAGACCUCUUCAUAGAUGGACGCAGUCGAGACCUUCGGGGCCUGGCUGAGGCUCAGGGGGCUGUGGGCGUUGCCCCAUUCUGCUCCCGGGAGACGCUGAAGCAGUGUGCAUCGGCCCCCUGUCGGAACGGGGGCAUCUGUAGAGAGGGCUGGAACCGCUUCGUCUGUGACUGCAUCGGGACCGGCUUUCUGGGGCGGGUCUGUGAGAGAGAGGCCACGGUCCUGAGCUAUGAUGGCUCCAUGUACAUGAAGAUCAUGUUGCCCAAUGCCAUGCACACGGAGGCCGAGGAUGUGUCCCUGCGCUUUAUGUCCCAGAGGGCCUAUGGACUCAUGAUGGCCACCACCUCCAGGGAGUCAGCCGACACCCUGCGCCUGGAGCUGGACGGAGGGCAGAUGAAGCUCACAGUCAACCUCGACUGCCUGCGCGUCGGCUGCGCACCCAGUAAAGGUCCCGAGACGCUCUUUGCGGGGUACAAGCUUAACGACAACGAGUGGCACACGGUGAGGGUGGUACGGCGUGGCAAGAGCCUGCAGCUGUCAGUGGACAACGUGACUGUGGAGGGACAGAUGGCAGGAGCCCACACGAGGCUGGAGUUCCACAACAUUGAGACAGGCAUCAUGACAGAGCGGCGAUUCAUCUCUGUGGUGCCCUCCAACUUCAUUGGGCACCUGAGCGGGCUGGUGUUCAAUGGCCAGCCCUACAUGGACCAGUGCAAGGAUGGGGACAUCACCUAUUGCGAACUUAAUGCUCGCUUUGGUCUGCGUGCCAUUGUGGCCGACCCGGUCACCUUUAAGAGUCGCAGCAGCUACCUGGCGCUGGCUACACUCCAAGCCUACGCUUCCAUGCAUCUUUUCUUCCAGUUCAAGACCACGGCCCCCGAUGGGCUUCUGCUGUUCAACUCGGGCAACGGCAAUGACUUCAUUGUCAUCGAGCUGGUCAAGGGGUACAUUCACUACGUGUUUGACCUGGGGAAUGGCCCAUCCUUGAUGAAGGGGAACUCAGACAAACCCGUCAAUGACAAUCAAUGGCACAACGUGGUGGUGUCCAGAGACCCGGGCAAUGUGCACACUCUCAAGAUCGACUCCCGCACUGUCACACAGCACUCGAAUGGCGCCCGAAACCUGGAUCUCAAAGGGGAGUUGUACAUCGGAGGCCUGAGCAAGAACAUGUUCAGCAACCUUCCCAAGCUGGUGGCUUCCCGGGAUGGCUUUCAGGGCUGCCUGGCCUCUGUGGAUCUCAACGGGCGCCUCCCAGACCUCAUCGCUGACGCCCUGCACCGCAUCGGGCAGGUGGAGAGGGGCUGCGAUGGCCCCAGUACCACCUGCACCGAAGAGUCCUGUGCCAACCAGGGUGUCUGCCUGCAGCAGUGGGAUGGCUUUACCUGUGACUGUACCAUGACUUCCUAUGGGGGCCCUGUCUGCAAUGACCCUGGGACUACAUACAUCUUUGGGAAAGGGGGAGCACUCAUCACCUACACCUGGCCCCCUAAUGACCGACCCAGCACGAGGAUGGACCGACUGGCCGUGGGCUUCAGCACCCACCAGCGGAGUGCCGUGCUGGUGCGAGUGGACAGUGCCUCCGGCCUUGGGGACUACCUACAGCUGCACAUUGACCAGGGCACUGUUGGGGUGAUUUUUAAUGUGGGCACGGACGACAUUACCAUCGACGAGCCCAAUGCUAUUGUGAGCGACGGCAAAUACCACGUGGUGCGCUUUACUCGCAGCGGCGGCAACGCCACCCUACAGGUGGACAGCUGGCCGGUCAACGAGCGGUACCCGGCAGGAAACUUUGAUAACGAGCGCCUGGCGAUUGCUAGACAGAGAAUCCCCUACCGGCUUGGUCGAGUAGUAGAUGAGUGGCUGCUCGACAAAGGACGCCAGCUGACCAUCUUCAACAGCCAGGCUGCCAUCAAGAUAGGGGGCCGGGAUCAGGGCCGCCCCUUCCAGGGCCAGGUGUCCGGCCUCUACUACAAUGGGCUCAAGGUACUGGCGCUGGCCGCCGAGAGCGACCCCAAUGUGCGGACUGAAGGCCACCUGCGCCUGGUGGGGGAGGGGCCGUCCGUGCUGCUCAGUGCGGAGACCACUGCCACCACUCUGCUGGCCGACAUGGCUACCACCAUCAUGGAGACCACCACUACCAUGGCUACCACCACCACACGCCGGGGCCGCUCCCCCACACUGAGGGACAGCACCACCCAGAACACAGAUGACCUCCUGGUGGCCUCAGCUGAGUGUCCAAGUGAUGAUGAAGACUUGGAGGAGUGUGAGCCUAGUACAGCCAACCCCACCGGGCCGGGGGAGCGCGGGCCGCCGGGCGCGGUGGAGGUGAUCCGCGAGUCCAGCAGCACCACGGGCAUGGUGGUGGGCAUCGUGGCGGCGGCGGCGCUCUGCAUCCUCAUCCUCCUCUACGCCAUGUACAAGUACCGCAACCGCGACGAGGGCUCCUACCAGGUGGACCAGAGCCGGAACUACAUCAGUAACUCGGCCCAGAGCAAUGGGGCGGUGGUGAAAGAGAAAGCCCCGGCCGCGCCCAAGACACCCAGCAAGGCCAAGAAGAAUAAAGACAAGGAGUAUUACGUCUGAGCACCCCCUCCUCCUCCAGGCAUCGCGCCCCACUGCCAGCUGCCCCUCCCGGGAGGGCCCGGGAGGAGGGCGCGGCCCUCUCGCUGCAGGGGGACCUGGGGACCCUCUCCCUGGCUGCCUCGGGCUUCUUCCACCGAAGAGGAAACGCAAAAAAAAAAAAAAAAAAAAAAAAAAAAAAAAAAAAAAAAAAAGAAAAGGAAUAACCCCAUGCUCGUCCCAGUCCUGCUGCCCACGGCGCCGCACCGUCAGCCCUGGCUGUCCCUCUGGCUCUGCGCCUGCCAGGCAGGGCACCGUGCUCACAGCCCUGGGUUGAUUUAUUUUUUUAAGGGGGGGGUGGGUAGUUUUAUUUUGGUGGGGCUGGGUGGGAAGGAAGGCUGGGGGUUUUGUAAAGUGUCCACUACGCGUUCGUUUAGUUUCCUCGAUUUUCUUCCUCUCCGUCCCUCUUGCCUUCCUUCGCUCUCCCAGCCCUCUUGUCCUGGCCCAGCUUGCUGUGUCUCUCAUCCCCACCCUCCUUCCCCACUUUUUCUUUUCUUUUCUUUUCUUUUCUUUUUCUUCCCCCCUUCUGUAUUUUUUCUCCGCUUCCCUCCCAUUGGGUUUCCAGAGUCUCUGGGAAAAGGGUGGGAGGGUGGGCCCGGAGAGGCCCAGCUGGGGUGGCUGGGGCAAGUGCAGUGGGGUUCAUUUCCCCAGUGCCCUGAGUCCCCUCCUCAGGAGAGGUGCCUGUCUGAGGCUCGCCCAAAGGAAGGGGCUUGGGCCUGGUCAAGGUCUAUUGUGUGUGCCGCCGGGCAACGUGCAUUCCUGGGAAGCCGCUGGAGGAGCGGGGUGGGGGGCGGGGGGAGGGAAAGGCAAAUGCAGAUAUAUAUUAAAAACAAAUAAUCGAGGUACCAGAGCAGCGGCCCGUGGCACCUGCUGGGCGCAGGGCAGGAAAGGGGAGGGAGCAAGACCGUGUCUGCGGAUGACCGGGGCCACAUCUCGGCCCAUGUGCCCCCUGCUCCCCCAUUUUUUUUUCUCUUUGUUAACAAAGUGUCUGAGUCUUGGAAAACACCCAAAACCCGGAAAUGUGUGGGAAAAAGAAAACAAAAACUUUCCAAA